UCUGGAUAGCCGAUGAGGAUAUAUCAAAAAAAACUUUUUUUUGCUUAAAACAUAAACUGGUUAUCUUUUGAAAUACGUAUGUAUAUCAAAGUUGUUUGUUUGGGAAGUUGUAUUUAUAUUUAUUUAUCAUGUUUAGUGGCAACAAUAAUAUUUUCAUGAACCAUAUGACUGGAAGAUAAAGAUUCGAUAACAAAGUUACAAACACGAAAUAUAGUUCACAAUCUAGCUGCCUCUCUUCAAGUCCCUAAAAAUUCCAUUCGUCAUUUAAAGUUUCUUCUUUUAGUUUUGGUCCAACACUUUAACACUUACCUGUUUUUUUUCUUUUACGUUGCUUAUCUAAAUACUGGAGUAUUUAAAGCAACAACCUUUUUUUCUGAAUUUACGUGCAAGUGCUGUAUAUAGAAACAAAUACUAUACAAUCCAACUUUGUGGACUUAAAGUACAAAAAAUUAUAUUUCAUUCUUUAUGAAAAGAAAAGAUUUUAUGCAUAUUAUUGUCAAUAUAAGUCAACAAAAAUUUAAAAUAUAGCAGUUUCCAAUCUUAUAAAUUUCGCACAAUUUAUUCACUAUAUCUCUUAUAAUCGUAUUUUCGAUCUUAAAUCUUCAUAUUUUGUAAUAGAUACACAUUUGGUAUUAAGAUCUCUUAGAGUGUUAAAUAUUAAUUGUUUUUAUUUAACUAACAUUACCAGCUAAUAAUGUCUGAUUGUAUUUGAUCGCCUUUCACACGUACGUACACAUGACUUCAGAGUUCUAUAUAUGUAUCUAUAUCUUGGUCAGCCAUUAGCAAACCCCAAUAUCUCUCUCUCCUCUCUCUCAUAAGAAGAUUCUUGAUUACUUAAGCAGCUAGCAAAAAUGGCCACAACGAUGAACGUAUGGUCUACCAAAUGGACCUCCGGAUUGGAUAUUGAAGAGUACAACAUCAUCCACCAACACCACAUGAACUCACUCUUAGGAGAUUUUCCACAAUCUCUUUCAUCUCUUGAUGAUACUUCCACUUGUUAUAACUUUGGUGCUUCUUGUAAUGAUUAUUUGGUUGAAGAGGAACCUUCAAAGAUCCUCAAGACCACUCACGAAUCACCAAAUUUACAUCUUUAUCCUUUUCCCAAUUCUACUUCUCCACACCCUCAGCCAUCUUCUAGAUUUCUUUCUUUCGAAAAGACGGGAUUAAAAGUUAUGAACCACAAGUCUCCAAACUUAAUAUUUAGCCCCAAGGAAAAAGUUGGAUCAGAAGAUUUGAUAAGAAGAGGGACAAAGAAGGCUCAACCUUUAGCUCGAAGUCCAUCAAAUGCUCAAGAACAUAUACUGGCCGAAAGAAAACGGAGAGAAAAACUUACUCAAAGAUUUGUAGCUCUUUCCGCCCUAAUUCCUGGUCUAAAGAAGAUGGACAAGGCUUCUGUGCUGGGAGAUGCAAUAAAGCAUAUAAAGUACCUCCAAGAGAGUGUGAACGAGUAUGAAAAACAAAAGAAAGGAAGAACAUUGGAAUCAGUUGUUCUUGUGAAUAAAUCUCAGUUGGUUUUGGAUGAGCAUCAUAAAUUAUCACCAUCUUUCUCAGAUGGAAAUCGUGACUACUCAAGCUCGAAUCUUCCAGAGAUCGAAGUUAGGGUUUCGGGAAAAGAUGUUCUUAUUAAAAUCAUAUGUGAGAAGCAAAAGGGUAAUCUGAUAAAGAUUAUGGGUGAGAUUGAGAAGCUUGGUUUAUCGAUCACCAACAGCAGUCUCUUGCCAUUUGGACCAACUUCCGACAUCUCUAUUAUCGCUCAGAAGACAUGCGAUUUUGAUAUGAAAGUUGAGGACGUUGUGAAGAGCUUGAGUUGUGGUUUAUCAUAGUUCAUGUGAAUGGUUUCACAUUCUUCAGCAAUUUCUCUUAUCCAAGAAUCUAAAGUUGAUUUUCUUCCAUCAAAAUGGUUUUUAGCUGAUUAAUUUGUUGUAUGGAUCCUAAGUCAUUUAUAGAAAACCUUGUUCUUGUUGUUUAAGUUUCCCCAAAGACACUUAUCAUCAAUGUUUAGUAGACGGAUUUUUGUUCGCAGCUACUUGAUUGUUUCUUGCGUUGUAAAGCAUUCCGUUAGUUAAUAAAUGACAUUUUCUUAGA